AAGUCAUCCCCCCGACAUGAUUUCGUGGCACGGACACCAACAUCCUCUCAUAUCAUCUUUGGAUGUUUGUGCCCUUCUUAGACACACAAACCAAGAACUAAUCUCAUUCAACCUUCUCCACCUCUUCACUCUUCAUCGUCCUUGUUACAACACCAACAUAAUCCAAUCCAUCUAGUUUCAUCCUCCUUUCUCCUCUCGCAGUAAUAUGGCUGCUCUACCAACUGCAGAGAUUUGUGACACAAAUGCAACACAUAUAACGAGUGGUGAUUUGAGGGUACUGCAUCCGGUGAUGGAGAUUUAUGGUCAGUCCCGGGCAUUCUCGGGUCCCAUUGUUACUCUGAAGGUGUUUGAAGACAACGUGUUGGUUAGGGAGCUUCUUGAAACGAAAGGAGAAGGAAGGGUUUUGGUUAUUGAUGGAGGAGGAAGCAUGAGGUGUGCAUUGGUGGGAGGGAAUUUGGUGCAGUUGGCACAAAGCAUGGGGUGGGCUGGGAUUGUGGUGAAUGGUUGCAUUAGGGAUGUUGAUGAGAUCAAUGGAUGUGACAUUGGAGUCAGAGCCUUGGCAUCUCAUCCACUCAAAUCCAACAAGAAGGGUAACGGUGAAAAGCAUGUUCCUGUUUAUGUUGCUGGAACGUUUAUUCGUGAAGGUGAAUGGUUGUAUGCAGAUAACGAUGGUGUCCUUGUAUCCAAAUUUGAGUUGUCAAUUUGAAGUUGUAGUAAAAUAUUAUUGUCAUCAAUUGGAUGCUUUUUCUGCUUUGAUCCUUUGAAGUCCUGCUAUUCUGGUUUAAUUUAUGAACAAAAAAAAAAAAUUGCUGAGGGAACGAAUAUAUUACAGUAUUUCUAGUG